CUUUCUCUUCUCUCAGCCAACUCCCUCGCUCAUCGCCUCCCUCCUGGGCACCAUGACCACCUGCAGCCGCCAGUUCACCUCCUCCAGCUCCAUGAAGGGCUCCUGUGGCAUCGGGGGUGGCUCCAGCCGCAUCUCCUCUGUCCUGGCCGGUGGAUCCUGCCGGGUCCCCAGCACCUAUGGGGGCCUGUCAGUCUCCUCCUCCCGCUUCUCCUCCGGGGGAGCCUGCGGGCUGGGGAGCGGCUACGGUGGUGGCUUCAGCAGCAGCAGCAGCUUUGGUGGUGCUCUAGGUAGCGGCUUUGGUGGAGGAUAUGGUGCUGGCCUGGGUGCUGGCUUCGGUGGUGGCUUCGGUGGUGGGUUUGGUGGUGGUGAUGGUGGUCUCCUCUCUGGCAAUGAGAAGAUCACUAUGCAGAACCUCAACGACCGCCUGGCCUCCUACCUGGACAAAGUGCGCGCCCUGGAGGAGGCCAACACGGACCUGGAGGUGAAGAUCCACGACUGGUACCAGAGGCAGCGGCCCAGCGAGGCCAAAGACUACACCCCCUACUUCAAGACCAUUGAGGACCUGAGGAACAAGAUCAUCGCGGCCACCGUUGAGAAUGCACAGCCCAUCCUGCAGAUUGACAAUGCCAGGCUGGCGGCCGAUGACUUCAGAACCAAGUAUGAGCAUGAGCUGGCUCUGCGCCAGAGUGUGGAGGCCGACAUCAACGGGCUGCGCAGGGUGCUGGAUGAGCUGACCCUGGCCAGAGCUGACCUGGAGAUGCAGAUCGAGAGCCUGAAGGAGGAGCUGGCCUACCUGAAGAAGAACCACGAGGAGGAGAUGCUUGCCCUGCGGGGUCAGACCGGUGGGGACAUCAAUGUGGAGAUGGACGCCGCCCCUGGCGUGGACCUGAGCCGCAUCCUGAACGAGAUGCGUGACCAGUACGAGCAGAUGGCAGAGAAGAACCGCAGAGAUGCUGAGGCCUGGUUCCUGAGCAAGACUGAGGAGCUAAACAAAGAAGUGGCCUCUAACAGCGAACUGAUACAGAGUGGGCGCAGCGAGGUGACUGAGCUCCGGAGGGUGUUCCAGGGCCUGGAGAUCGAGCUGCAGUCCCAGCUCAGCAUGAAAGCAUCCCUGGAGAGCAGCCUGGAGGAGACCAAAGGCCGCUACUGCGUGCAGCUGGCGCAGAUCCAGGGGCUGAUCGGCAGUGUGGAGGAGCAGCUGGCACAGCUGCGCUGUGAGAUGGAGCAGCAGAGCCAGGAGUACCAGAUCCUGCUGGAUGUGAAAACGCGGCUGGAGCAGGAGAUCGCCACCUACCGCCGCCUGCUGGAGGGCGAGGAUGCCCAUCUUCACAGCCUCCCCUCCUCCCAGCACACAUCUGGCCAAUCCUAUUCUUCCCGUGAGGUCUUCUCCUCGUCCUCCUCGUCCUCUUCCAGCCGCCAGACCCGACCCAUCCUCAAGGAGCAGGCCUCGUCCAGCUUCAGCCAGGGCCAGAGCUCCAAGCACUGAGCUGCCUCCCCCAGAGCCUCCUGCCCACCCGCCAGCUGCUGCUCCUGAAGGCCUGGGUCAGGGCUCUGUUCUCCCAGCACGGUUCCCAGCUGUCUCCCCUCCCCCUGCGCUGGUG